GUAGUAAUUGCAGGUAGUACCUAAACCGGACUGGUGUAGUUGAUCGCUUAAGGGUAGCAAUUCUUGUGCAUAACAGGAUGGCUCGGAUUUAAGGUGCAGACGGAGCACAUGAUGCCCGGUGUGGUGGACGGGGAACGCUCAGGCCUCCAGCCCAUACGCUCAGCGCCCGAGGGUAACCCAGCUCCCACGCCCUGAAGGUCCCGUAACCCCGCCCCUGCCCCCGCGGAAAUGACGGACAGGAGGGAGCCGCCCUUCUUCAACGAGGACAACGUGGGGCCCUUCCACUUCAGGCUGCCGCGCUGCGAGAGCAUGGAGCUGCUGAUCGAGACGCUGACGGGGACUCGCUUCCAGCUGCGCGUCUCGCCCUUCCACACCGUCGUCUCUGUCAAGGCCAAGAUCCACAGGCUGGAAGGUAUCCCGGUUGCCCAGCAACACUUGAUCUGGAAUAAUGUGGAGCUGGAAGAUGAGUACUGCCUGUAUGAUUACAGCAUUGCAGAAGGGAGCACUCUGAAGCUGGUUCUGGCUAUGAGAGGAGGUCCCAUCAACACCAGAAGAGUUGCUGUGGACGACUCGGUGAAGGAGAUGAUGGAGUACAUGGACACGGGGCGGGGUGGGGCUUGGGAUGAGGCCCCACCCAACAAGCAGGUUACGUAUCUGGUGUACCGCGAGGGCGACCAGCUCAACUUCUUCCGGGUCGUGGACCGAGGUGACGGCACUCUUACACCGGUCAGGGGCAGCUCGGUGUAUAGCCUGUACGCUGAGGAAGAGGAGCUGGGGGAUUCGGGCUCAGGCCUGCAGGCCUUAGAGAACUCCAUCACUAUGAGCAAGAUGAGGCUGCUGAAGGCAAAGAUGGAGAACAUGAAUCUCAACAAAAAGCCCAAGAAGAGCGCGAAGCUGAAGCCCAGGCCUCCGGGCGGGCCUCGUACCUGUAGCGGCUACCUGGCGCCUGGGCGACAGCACCGGCCUUUCCGGGUCCUUCCGCAGAUCGGCCAGUCCCCGGCCCCUGCAGCGCACCUACCUCCGGCCACUGGCUCCGCCCACCCGUCCCUCUCCUCGCUCCCAGUUCCCGCCCCCACUGAGAAAGCCUCACAGGAGCCGGAGGGGGAGGAGCCAUGGGAGUGCCCCGCCCUCGGCAAAAUCCUGUCCCCUCCCAAGGUGUCCCGACUGGAGGGGGGCGGGUCCGAGCCGCUGAAAGACCGUGCGCUCCCACCCCUCUCUGCUCUGGCCACCAGAGGCCUACCUGGUGCUGCAGAGCCACACCCCGCAGUAGGCCGGGCGGCUCUGAUGGAGGAGUCGGUGCUGGCAGACCCUCACAAGGCUCUACCGCUUGAUAAAAAGACGCCAGAUCCGGUGACCUUUGACCUGCCAUCCCAGGAGGUCAGCCGGGGGGACUCGUUAGCGGCGGUUGCUGAGCAGCUGCCCGUGGCGUCGCUGUUGCCUCAGGCCGUGGACCAGUGGGUGGCGGGUGGCUAUGGUGUGUCCACCGGGACCGAACUCAGGCCCCUUUGCGCUUCCCCCAGCCUGUCCUCUGCCCUGAGCCCCGCCCCACACCUGCCCCCCAGCCCCGCCAGCCCCGCCCCACACCCGCCCCCCAGCCUGCCUGCUGCCCUGAGCCCCGCCCCACGCCGCCCCCCCAGCUUCGCCCGCCUCCAGGCCGUCCACGGGGACUCCCCUGACGUGCGGCCCGAGCUCCUCUCCAAUAGUGAGGCGCAGGAUGUCGCCCGAAUAACCGCCAAGGAGCCCCUGUCCCCUCUGCUGGCCUCUCUGUCCCGGAGGAGGAGCAGAGGGGGGGGCCCAGGGGGGCUGGGCCGGGGCUGUGCAAGCAUCCGCCUGAUCCAGGAGGACCUGCUGCUGAGCCCCUCCUUUAUGCUGUCUGCCGUUCUGUUUCAGUCUGUGGACCAGUCAGCGGGGGCUCUGAGCAGCUCAGUGAGCCAAGGCCCCCCCACACUUCUCCUCCCUCCGGUGAAGGGCCCCCCCGGCUCACGGAAGAAAAGCUCCAGGCACUGUUACCUGUGCAGGAAGAAGACAGGCCUGGCCAGCAGCUUCCAGUGCAGGUGUGGAAACAGUUUCUGUGCCUCUCACCGCUACGCUGAGGCCCACGACUGCAGCUUCGACUACAAGAGCGCUGGCCGCCGCUUCCUGCAGGAAACCAACCCCGUCGUCACGGCGCCCAAGCUGCCCAAGAUCUGAAACCCAUGUCCAGAGACGGGCGUCCCGCGCUCAGGGGCUCGGGGGGGUCCCGCGCUCAGGGGGGGUCCCGCACUGAGGAGGUGUCCCGCGCUCAGGGGCUCAGGGGUUCCCAUGCUGAGGGGGUCCGGUCUAGACGGCAUCUUACAGCCGUUACAUAAAGGAACUUCUUAAAGCACAUGUUCUUCCUGGGCUCAGAACUGCUGAAAGGCCAAGGAUAAAAAAACCAACUAAUGCAAAAAAAGAGCACAGUCUCGCCUGAAACGAUGUGAAUAAGCCGUCUGUUUGUCCCACAUUACUGAUGUGUCCUCUAAAUGAAACCAGUGUGUGUGUGCGGGUGUGGGGGGGAGGUUUAAUUUGACAAAUGCAUUUAAUGCAUCUUUUUUUGUUUGUUUGUUUUUUUAUGAAACUCCAUGCGACAAGUCUUGAAAAGAUGCACUUUAAUGAAGAUUCACCGAUGUCUGCCUCGUGGGGAGCUUAUGCUGUCAUGUUUUGUCUUUGUACUGGAGUGCUUUUUCAUCUGUAAAUCAUUGUUUAAUCUCUGCCUCCCCUCCUCACCUUCUCUGUAUGUAAUUGUAAUCUGUUACAAUGAGCAUUUUUUUCAAGGGCAAAUAACUAGGCUGCAUGCUGAAUCCAAGAAUCGGCAGCACAUGUCUUAAUGACAAAAUCACCUUAACAAGGCAUGGUCAUAAUGUAGACCAGUUGUCUCCAACCCUGGUCCUGGAGAGCGACAGGAUCUGCUGGUUUUCAUAGUGACUCUGCACUUCAUGAAUCAAUUAGAGCAGUUGAUUACACAGUUAACUCACCUGGUGUCUUGGGUCUCAAUUGGGUGUUGAUUUUAAGGUGAAAAUAAAAGCCAGCAGACCCUGUAGCUCUCCAGGACCAGGGUUGGAGACCACUGAUGCAGACUAAUAUGCAUACAAAUACUGGCUCUGAAAAACUUGGUUGAUAUUUCUGGGUGAACUGUUGGGGGUUGGGAAGACUUGUUGGUUGCCAUAAUGAGAACAAAUCACUUUGUUUUGUAAUGCUACGUGUUUUUUUUAGCACUAUUAGCUGGUCUGAAAAAUUCUGAAAAUAAAUACUUGUUUCUGUGAUUUAACAUC